AUGGAUCGCAGGUCCCGGGCUCAGCAGUGGCGCCGAGCUCGCCAUAAUUACAACGACCUGUGCCCGCCCAUCGGCCGCCGGGCCGCCACCGCGCUCCUCUGGCUCUCCUGCUCCAUCGCUCUCCUCCGCGCCCUAGCCACUUCCAACGCCCGUGCCCAGCAGCGUGCUGCCCAGCGUCGGAGCUUCCUUAACGCCCACCAUCGCUCCGCCGCUGCCGCCGCUGCUGCGCAGGUACUCCCCGAGUCCCCCGAAUCCGAGUCUGACCACGAGCACGAGGAGCCAGCGCCUGCGCUAGCCCGCCCUGAGUGCCUGGAGUACCCAGACACUGACUACGAGACCGAGACCGAGUCGGAAACCGAGUCCGAGUCUGAUAUCGAGUCCGAGUCCGAAUUAGAGAGCGAAUCUGAUACCGCCCCCACAACUGAGCCUGAGACCGAGCCCGAGGACGAACGCGGCCCCCGGGGUGCCACCUUCAACCAGUCUCUCACCCAGCGUCUGCAGGCUCUGAAGUUGCAGAGCGCCGACGCCUCCCAGAGUCGUUCGCAGCCCACCACUCAGGAGCCCGAGAGCGCAAGCGAGGGGGAGGAGCCCCAGCGCGAGCCCUUAGACGAGGAUCCUCGGGACCCCGAGGAGUCAGAGGAACGCAAGGAGGAGGAGGCCAGGCAGCCCCGCCGCUGCAAGACCAGGAAGCCCGCCCGCCGCCGCGACCAGUCCCCGGAGUCCCCUCGCAGAAAGGGGCCCAUCCCCAUCCGGCGUCACUAA